AUGUCUGACAAGACUGAAAGAAAGUUGUCUGGGAAGCAUUUUAUUCUGCCGGUUUAUAUACACGUUGAUGGAUAUUUGGGAUUCCUUGUGGGUCUGAGCAAGAAGGAAAUAGCCGAGAAAUUAUUUGAUGGAAAGGAGAAGGCGGCAGAUGAGUUUAUGAAAUGGGCAGACACAAAUAAGGACGGCAAGGUUGACUUUUAUGAGUUCUUUGGUGCACUUCUAUCUUAUGGCUACGAGGAAGGAUACCCCUUUGCUCUACUGAUGAUUGCUCCAGGUGAGCGCCCAGAUAAGGAUAGUUGA